GCCCGGCUGUCGCUUUCCUCACCGCCUGGCUGCUUCAUAAUAACACAACCGCAUCAACGUUACGCCAACACUUUUUCUAUCUUCCUCUCUGCGUCUGACGCCAAUUAACCGUUCAACUUAUACCGAGUUGCCCCACCGUUAUAUGGAAAAUACAGGUCUCCUAGGCGCAUUUAUUCUCUCCUACCCGAGAGGAAGCGCACGGAGGAAAAACGUUUGAGGACUAAAGGAAACCAGCCGUGAUUCAUGGACGUACAGCGCAUCAUGAGAAUGCUACAACUACCAACAAGAUGUUAUUUUUAGAGUCGCCUUCACACUGUGCUUUGGAGUCAGAAGAGAUACCCUGAUGCAUCAUUUCUUUUUUUGGACCUUACAAGUCUCGUGCAUGGCUCCUGAAGUGAUGAUGAGAGAUCCUGGCAUGGACCGCUGUGUCUAAAUGAAGUGGUUCAGCCAUGCAAUGUUCCUGGAAGGCAGUGAUUCUGCUGGCCUUGGCCUCCAUUGCCAUCCAGUACACGGCCAUCCGGACACUCACCUCCAAGCCUUUCCAGCUGUGCCCGUUGCCCAGCCCCCAGAACUGUGGUCUGGGGGGCCAGGAGACAGAACCCCCCUUUGAGCGGGGAGCAGCAGGCGGUGGAAGCUGCGAUGACUACCCUUACUUUACCAUCAAUGCCACACGUAAAACACACAUCCUGGUCCUGGCCACCACCCGUAGUGGCUCCUCCUUUGUUGGCCAGCUGCUCAACCAGCACCAGGAUGUAUUCUACCUGUUUGAGCCUCUUUAUCAUGUUCAGACCACACUGAUUCCACGUUUGUCACACAGCCGCAAUGCUGCAGACCGGCGUGUGAUGCUGGGCGCCAGCCGAGACCUCCUGCGUAGCCUGUACGGUUGCGACCUCUAUUUCCUGGAGAGUUAUAUCAAACCGACGCCCACAAACCACACCACAGAUAAACUGUUCCGUCGUGGUGCCAGCCGAGCGUUGUGCCAGCAACCUGUAUGUGAUGCCUUUGGUCCUGCUGACAUGAAUGUUGAAGAAGGGGACUGUGUUAAGAAAUGUGCGGCUCUGAACAUGACCUUAGCAACGGAGGCAUGCCGCGAGAAACGGCACGUGGCGAUCAAAAUUGUUCGAGUGCCGGAGAUUGGAGAUCUACGAGCGUUGGUGGAAGACCCACGGCUGAAUAUCAAAGUGAUUCAACUCGUCAGAGACCCGCGUGGUAUCCUGUCAUCACGGAUUGAGACUUUCAGGGAUACGUAUCGUCUGUGGCGUAUUUGGAGGGCCACAGGGCGAAGGCCCUAUAAUCUAGACUUGAGUCAGCUUACAGUUGUCUGUGAAGACUUUCUCAGUUCUGUUUCCACUGGUCUCAACCAUCCCUAUUGGCUGAAAGGGAAAUACAUGUUGGUUCGCUAUGAGGAUUUGGCUAGGAAUCCGCUUCUCAAGACAAAGGAGAUGUAUGACUAUCUGGGGCUGCCUAUGGAUAAAAACGUGGAAGACUGGAUACAUGCAAACACUCGGGGUAGCAAUGAGCCCUCAGCAAAACAUAAGUUUGGUACAGUGAGGGACUCAGCAGCUAACGCAGAGAGUUGGCGUUUGAAACUGUCUUAUGACAUGGUAGAAUACACACAGACUGUUUGUCAAAAAGUACUUCACCAGCUGGGAUACAAGGCUGUGAAAUCAGUAGAGGAACUGAAAAAUAUGUCCCUCUCACUGGUACAGGACAAAACUUUUGUACCUUUUUUGUAACAAAGAUAGUUCUAAUGACUAUUUUUGAUAUAUUUAUAAUUGUUGCCUUAUUAUUUCCUUAGUUUGUUAGUUUUGUUUCUGUAAUUUUGUUUCUUCAAAUUUGCACUAAACUUUAAACAUUUUGAAUGCACCAAGGGGACUAUGGAUGAUUCCCCAAUGUUACAGAACAGCACACUUUAAACAAAGUCAUUAAACAAGCUAAUUUACAAAUGUCUCAUUAUUUAGUUUUUCAAGCAAGCCAUUGUUUUAACGAAAGUAAAAUGUUUCCCUUCAAAAACACGAGUUGGGAGGGGUUUUGGUAAAGCAGACAUGUUUUUUUUGUAGUGGGAUGGCAGAUUUGGACUGGACAAGUCCUAAUGUGCAAUAAAUAGUGAAUGUCGCAGUCAACCUUUACCACUAUGCCAUUUCUGUCCAUGUGGGAAGAGAAGAGAUGCUUCUGACAGAUCCCACGCUUGCAAUGGAUAAUUGCAGACAAUUAAUAGGCUCUCAAGUUAAAGGGACAGAUUCUCACUUGAAGUCAGUUGAGUGUUUCAUCAGAGGAUUUACAACCAUCUGAUCUGUGAUAGACAAACACACCAAUGAGAGAUAAUGUCAAAAUCUUCAUUACUGUAAAUUUUUUCCAGAUCACUAAAGCAUUAAAAACAUGGCUGUAUACAAUAAGUCCGUCCUAUUUCAAGUAGACACUGAAGCUUCCUGAAAAGGAACUGUAUUUGUUAGUUUUAUUUUUUGUUCAUUUAUGCGAAUUAUUCUACGGUGUG